UUUCAACAAACGCGAGGGCCUAAGCGAAGUGGGGUUACAUACGAUUCGAGUUGAGGAUUAUGAUAUCAGUGACAAACUCAGCUUGAUGUUGGUAACUAUAAAACCCCCAUUCAUCUCCCUCCCGUCACGACUGUGUUUUUCCUUUUAAACAUCAACCUCCUUUACUAUCCAAACCGUGGCUACUAGAAACCCAACUACUAGCACCACUUAUUCUUACCGUUAUCCUCCACUCCCAAAUUCAAUUCUUAUCAAAAACCUUUCUGCAUCAUGCCUGUUCCUGCUAUUGAGAGUCUCUCCGACUUCCGAGCCCUCAUUAACUCAGGCAAUGUGGUAAUUGUCGACUUCUGGGCUACAUGGUGUGGUCCUUGCAGAAUGAUCAGUCCAAUCUUCGAACAACUGGCCUCUAGUCUUGAGUCGAGCGCGAUCAAGUUCGCUAAAAUCGAUACUGAUACCCAGCCUGAGAUUGCCGAAGAAGCUGGAAUCAGAACCUUGCCUACUUUUAUGGUGUUUAAAAAUGGCCAGAAAGUGGACGAACUGGUGGGUGCUAGUCCCCAAGGCCUGCACGCGCUUAUUCAGCGCCAUGCAUGAGUCUGGGUAAACUAUAUACUACCAGGUUGUGCUAUGUAUUUGAGCAAGAAAGGCCUUUGUGUGAAGCGAGAUGAGAUUGCUAUAUCUGAUAUGUGUAUUUGUCUUGAAUCACUUGCUGGUUCUCUUCUCACUUGGUUUUGUUGAUAGCCUAAGUUUCGAUUCUUAUACCAGGAACUAAACGUAAAU